GUCAGAGAUGAAUGCCAAGUUUGCCAACUUCUAUCUUUUGUCGAAGGUCAAGACAUUAGAUGGAUUGGUUAUAAGGUGUCAACCAUUUGUAGUUGUGAGAGGGAUAAGUUUCGUUCGUUACCAAACCAUCUUUUACUUUCGACUUGGACAAAAUUGGGAAGCUGGCAUCCAUUUCUUCAUUCAACAUACCUGAAUCUAAUGAGUUAAUAUAUCCAAUCCAAUGUAAUUCUUGGCACCAAACUUGUGGUCAUGAAGCAUAUACCUGUGCUUGGAUUAGAAGGGAUAUAUUUCCUUCAAUUCCCUCAUUAAUAAAAUCAUUCACAUCUACCUUUAACCUUGAAACUUAUUUGUUGCCCACUCCAUUCCAAUCCCAGGCACCAAAUGAACCCUAAGUUCAAGGUAGGUUGCAGAAGGGAUAAUUGAGCCCUAAAUGUAAGGUACAGUAGUACCAUCAACACUGGUUUUGGAUACUAAUACCAUACAAAUAUCUUCGGUUUGGUAAAAUUAACGUAUCAUUCCUGUUUUGGCACAAAAUUGGUAUGGUAAUGGUAUGGUUCGGUAUAAUGGCUAAAAAUUCCACUCCUCCGCAGCCAGUCCAAACUUCUCUCCAGAUAUGCAAAUGCAAAGUGUCCAUAAUAUCUUUUAAUCCAAUCAAAAUAUUUGCUUCCCCAGGCUACCUUCCUAAACAUUAUCUCUUUAUCCCUUCCCUUUUCUCCCUAUUAAUCAUAUAUUAUAUGAAUAAUAUGAUUAAUAGACAGAGACAAAAUGGCUAGAGACAAAAAAUGUGAUGCAUAAAAAAGGGAGAGAGAAGUAGAAUCAUCAACUGUUCAUCUUCCUGGAUGACCUAAUUUGUUGCCUUAACUGGAUGAGUUUAUGUAAGCCAAAGCCAGUGGUGGAGUUCCCACAAACUAGUGGAGUUUAUGUAAGAGCCAUGGAUGGAGAGAAACUGCGUAAAGGUCCGUGGCUCGAAGAGGAAGAUGAACGACUCACCACCGUUGUAAACCUUAAGGGGAAUCGGAGGUGGGAUGCAUUAGCGAAGGAAUCAGGUCUAAGGAGGAGUGGUAGGAGUUGCAGGAUGCGGUGGUUGAACUAUCUCCGCCCAAACAUUAAGCAUGGCCAGAUUACCAUCAUAGAAGAGAAAACCAUUCUCCAACUUCAUCAACGUUGGGGUAACAAGUGGUCGAAGAUUGCCCGAGCGCUGCCAGGAAGAACCGAUAAUGAGAUCAAGAAUUACUGGAGAACUCAUUUAAAGAAGAAAACACAGAUUCCAGAUGGAAAUUUCCAAUGUACAUUGAACAAAAACGGACGAGGUCUUUUCUGCCAGGAAGGUGAUAUGAAUAAUGAAAAAUACGACUUCGAUCAAGACCAUGACUCCGUUAAGAAUUCAUGGGAAACCAAGGUUACUAGCUCUGAUGAUCUUGGUUUAUCAGACUUUGCAGUGACAAAUUCUCCAUAUGAAACCCAGUUAUCAGAUUGGAUAUCUGAGCUAUCAAGUGAACAAAAUGGAACAGCCUAUAAUCAGGACUGUAAUAGCGUCGAGUCCGAUUUAUGUCAUCUGACAUGGACUCCGGAUGAUAGUGAUACAUGGGACUGUCCAAGUUUUCUCUGGGACAUGAAUUAACAGAAACUCAAUAGUGUGAAAUGUGGAUCGAAUGAACGUCAAAGAAUCUUACUACAAUGCAUGUUGCUAAGAAAAAUGGAAUUUUUUCCUUUCCAGCUCCAUCAAGUGAAGUUUUGGCAUAUCUUCUGGGAAGCAAAUACGGCAGCUGAUGAUGGCUUAACAAAUAUUCUUGGGACAAAGUAAGGAGGGUGAAUAGCUUUUGUACGCUCGUCUACCUAGAACAGUAGGAUCUACUUCGAUAAGUUUGGUAGAGUUCACCGUAAUGUACUUGAUGAAGCUUUUCGAAGCUGUAAUUUGUAAUGGCAUGCAUUGGAUGUACAAUCAUCUAAGUUAAAUUUAAAUUGUUUUCCCUCGUCUUCUCUCUAA